AUGAGAGAACCAGCUGUUAACACCUUCGCCUACUCACUGCUAGCAGCCGCAGUCGCUCUCUUCAUCAGCACAGGAACGGCAAGGGCCGCCGGGAGAAGUCAAGCCCCGCUGCCGCCUUCUUCUACUGUUGCACAGCAAUCCUCUAUUUUACCACCAGCACAGAGCAAAGAAAGCGACGCACCGAUAGACUGGGGCCGAUCGCUACCUGAUGAGGAGGACUGGCCUCUGGAGGAGAGGGAGGGCCUUCAGAGCGACUUGCUCGAGCAUGACGUUCGGGACAGUCAGAUAGACAAAGCAUUUGAAACUGCGGAAACCAGCGACUCAGACGAAGACUGGUCGGAAGCUGGCAAUACAAAGGGGAGUCAAAUGGGAAACAGUGGUUCAGGAGUACAAGGCAAUGGGGCUGCAGGUUCAGAGACGGGGCACCACUGGGAUGGGGACCUGUCCGCUUAUGAUAGGCAGCUGAAGGAGAUCAAAGCGGAGGCGGAGAGGACAAAAAAGACGAGGGCGCGUGUGGUGCCCUGGCAGCUCCGAAUUGCGGCGGUCCGUGAUAGCCACCCAGUCGAGUGGGUCAAGAUGUUUUCGCUUACGCAGGGGAAGCACGUCGUGCUCACACGGAAAGUGAUCGCAAAUCAUGCUGAUCUGCUGAAGAAGCUCGCGAAAGAGAAGGCUGCCAAGAAGCCCACCAAGGGUGGGUUGCUGUCCCACGAGAUAGUGUCAGUCGGGGGCGCCUGGCUGAAGCCUGCCGUGCAGCAAGGCCUCUUGACACCACUCCCGUUCGCCCAGCAGUCGGAGUGGUGGGAGAGGCUAGGCCCGAAAUGGAGGCGCUUCGUGACCCGAAAUGCUGAUGGGGACCUGGACAGCAAAGGUAGCGUGUACGCAGUACCCUAUCGUUUUGGCCAGAUAGUUGUUGCAUACCGAGCAGAUAUGAUAGAUGUAAUUGGCGGGCCUAUCGAGGAUUGGGGCGACCUCUUCCGCCCCCAGCUCAAGGGACAGGUCGCCAUGCUGGGGGCUCCGCAAGAGGUGGUAGGAAUUGUGCUCAAGUCCCUCGGCGCCUCGGCAAACGCGCGCAACUUCGAUCGAGAUGUCCCGGGGGGGCGGCAAGCAUUAGUAGAACGCUACAUACAGUUGCGAAAGCAGGUCCGCGUGUUUGGAGAUGUUCAAUUCGCGCCGGCGCUGCGUAACGGCGACGUCCUGGCAGCCGUCGGAUGGGCCGAGAACUUCCUCCCUAUUGCGGCACGCAUGUCGGCCGUCAAAACGGUCACGCCUGCGUCCGGCACGCUCCUCUGGGCGGACUUCUGGGGGGUUCCCUCUGGCAGCGAGCUGACCCCUGUGAGCCAGCAGUGGCUCGACUAUUGCCUCCAGCCCGACCGGGCCAAGGGCCUGGGGGCCGAGAAGCUGGGCCUCUCCCCGCUCAUCCUCCCCCCCUUUCCGGAGUCGCCCGUCCCGGGCUUACCCCUACAAGCCCAGCUAGCGUCAGCGAACGGAGGCGACUGGAGGAUGGCGAUUGCGAACCGGGACGACGGGGAUGUGACGUCAGAGAGACGUCAGAGCGGCGCGGGGGCGAGCACCGGGCCGGCCGAGAGCAACGAGGGGAGGGCGAGGUUCAACGGGUUAUACGCGCCUAGGAUGGCGGUUAGUGCGCAAGUGUCGGGCGUCGGGAAGGGGCCAUUUGAGAAAGGGGUUACUAGUGGGCAGUUGCCGAGGCUCGAGGUGUUGGAUAGAAGCGAGCUGCUGGAGCCGUUGGAUGAGCGAGGCCAAGCGGAGUUCCGCUGGCUGCUGGGCUUGGUGGAGGAAAUGGAAACGGAAAGCUUGCAGGAGCGGGCGAAACGAAGGUGGGGAGAGGUCGUAGAGGUGGGAGGAGGUGUCAGGAAUGCAGCACGGACGAAGGUGCAAGAAUUGACGAACAGAAUGCACGCGCUACGUGCAGCGUCGUCAAAGUGACUCUUUGGUUUCAGUGAGUCUGCACUCCGUUGAGAUUGUGAGGGGUCUUUUCAUUCCCAUGACUGUAAACGUUUCACCUCU